UUUUCAUGUGUUGUCAAUAAAAAAUGGCAACUCUGUUGUUAAUUGACGUUUGUUUUCUCGCACUUUUAACCGGAAUUGCACAUAUAAAAAAUUGUGAAGCAUUUUAAUAACUAAAAACGAGAGAAGUAUUUGAUUUAAAGUUAAUAUUUUGUUGGUGAAAUGGAUUUGUUUGCAAGCUUAAUUGCAAACAAAUGUUCGGCUCCAAAGACGCUGAAAGUUCGCAAAGUUUAUGUGAAUGAAGACCCCAAAGUGGAAAAGUCGGAAUCUUGUCCAAAAUGUUGGUCACAAAAUCGGCAGAGUAGCGUGCGUUACAUGUAUAUUAACAUGCAAGAAGCGAUUUAUAAAUGCGAAGCAGCAGGUUGCAUGUACCCUUUUCGAGAUUUCAAGUACAAAAAUUAUGUCGAACAAACCGUUUAUUACUAUCAAGCCGCUGACGAAGAAAUAUCUAUUCCGGACUUUAGUUCUUUAGCAGUUAAUGAGGCCACUACACCUAAGGAUGUAGAUCAAGCGAAGACAAGUCAGACGGGUGACUUUAAAUUAACCUUCGAGUCGCCCGAGCGAUUUUCUAGUCAAAACGCUUUUACACCUUUUACAAGCACUCCUGGGCAAAGUGAUCUGAACAUUUUUGACAGUCCUUCGCUUAGCUACAAAAACCUCGCAGAAGGAUUUGAUACCGGUUUUAUAGACGAUAUUCUUAACGAUCUCGGGGAGCCUUCACCAGAAAAGAAGCAGAUCAAUACGCUACCAUUGGAACCCGUGACUCAUUUGGAAGUAAAUAAAACCAAGCGUCAACUUAAGCGAUGUUUGCAAAUGUUUCAGGAGGACAAAGCUGGUAUUGCGAAGCCUGAUAACGAGUUAUUCAAGGUACCGCCAUUACCUGGAUCAGAAAAUGCAAACUCUCAUAAAGUAAAGGUUAAGAAAGUCUCGCCUUCGAAAAGGCACAAAUCGAACCGUCGAACUAACUAUUCUACUUUCCCAACGGCGGAACGUCUUUUGAAGAAAAAUCGAAUGCAACCUUUGCAAUUUCUCGAGACGCUGAACAGCAUUCGAACGAAUUCAGAAGGAAGUCAACAGAUGGAUAACCAGUCUUCCACUCAAUUACCUGCCAACAAAAAAUUAGGAAACAACCAGAAAGUGGCCCGAAUGCUAGAUUUCAUAGAACGAAGCAUGAAAAAUAGAGCUCCGAUCGUUGAACCAGUGAUAAUUAAUUCAACAGAUCUAGUGCUGAAACGUGUUAAACGAAAAUCGCGAAAAAAGAAAGAACUCAAAAGAAGAUCACUGUCCCAAGCAGUACUGCAAGACUCCCAAUUUGAGUAUAGUUCUAGUGAGGAAGAUCAUUCGUCGUCUUCCGCUGUAUCUUCUGAUAAUGACUCGACGCAAUGCUCAGAUGAAGAACCAUUCCUGCCGUCCUUUCGAGAACUUGUACACUCGAUCCAUCCCUGUCAGAGUACUGCUGGAACAGGUGCUGGUGGUAAGAUGAUAACCGCUAGCAGUACGACUGGAUUCCGAUCUGCAGGUUGUUCUCCGACUCGUAUUGAUCCAUGGGAAGCGACACCACCACGACGCAUUCAGAGCAUGGAAUCACUUAGCAGUUUGUUAGAAUAAAGUUACAAUUAUGCAAGUGUUAACAAGCUGUGUCAUUGAUUUCUAAAAGCCCUACAAAAAUGUGUAUUAUAUGGUGGUUUUAAUUUUGGUAACUCUCAAACUGAACAAUAUUUUUUUUUUUUUCAAUUUAGACGCUGUUGCGCAUCGUGACUGGGAGGACUGUAAACGCAAGAAAUGAAUAAAAUUAAUUAAAAAUAUAAA